UUAAAGUUUAGUGAUACAUUUAGUAUUUAAAUUUUACAUUUCAGUGCUAAAGUUUAGUGAUACAUUUAGUAUUUAAAUUUUACAUUUCAGUGUUAAAGUUCAGUGGUAAAUUUAGUGUUACAGUUAGUGUUAGUUUAGUGUUAAAUAAUGGAAUCGCACAAGAAAGGACAAACAGUUCGCAGUGAAGCGAGGACCAUGGUGAAAAAGAUAGCGGCAAAAUGUGACGAGGAAGCGUCAAAGGGUGAACUUCUGCACCCAAUACAGCAGGCAAAUGCACGUGUUGCCGAAUACACUGGUUUGUCGAUCAGAACGAUCACCAGAAUUCGGAAGGAAAGUUCAACGUCUGAACAAGGAAGGUUGUCAUCGCCAGGGAAGAAACGGCCGAGAAGUAUCGGGAAAUGUCAUUGCACGGAGGAAGAAAAAAAAGUGAUUAGAAAUAUUAUCCACGAGUUUUACGUGGAGAAAAAAAUUGUGCCGAGUGCUCCGAAAUUGUUAGCCGCGAUAAGGGAAAAAAUUGUUUUCCCAUGGGAAUUGGACACGUUACGCCAGUUAUUAAAGAGCAUGGGAUACACGUGGAAAAAAAGUGUUAAUAUCAGAAAGAUAUUAAUUGAAAAGCCAAACAUUGUUGCCUGGAGAGGGAAAUAUUUAAAGGCAAUUAAUCAGUAUAGAAAGGCAAACAGAAAUAUUAUUUAUAUUGAUGAGACAUGGGCUGAUAAUACCUUGUCUUUUGGAAAGUGCUGGCAGAGCGAAGAAACACUUGGUAUUGUGAAAAAUAUGAGUUCUUCUCACCGAUAUAUAAUUGUCCAUGCUGGUGGGAAGAGUGGAUUCGUCAACAAUGCACUGUUGAUGUUCAAAGCGAACAGCACAAGUGGCGACUAUCAUGGUCAAAUGAAUGCCAUUAAUUUUGAAAAGUGGAUGACUGAAAAACUUUUGCCGAAUAUCGCACCGAAUAGUGUUAUUGUGAUGGACAAUGCCCCAUAUCACUCUAUUCAAUUGAAUAGGCCACCAUCGAAGUAUGCAAGGAAGAGUGAUAUGAUGGACUGGCUUCUUCGGAAUAACGUACCGUAUUCCGAAGACAUGAAGAAAUAUGAAUUAGUGCACUUGAUAGAACAACAUAAAGGUCCAGAAAAAAUAUUUAAAGCGGAUGAAGUACUGAAAUGCCAUGGACACAUCGUGCUGCGGUUACCACCGUACAUGUGCGAUUUAAAUCCGAUUGAGUUGGCCUGGGCACUAAUAAAACGGAGAAUUCGCGAAAAAAAUCCGUCAACUUUAGCAGUGGAUGAAUUGCUAGCGCUUGCGGAAGAAGCGGUAAAUCGGACAAGUGUCAGUGAGUGGGAAAAUUUUUGUCGCCACACAGAAGAUUUGGAAAAGAAGUAUUGGGAAAAAGACAAUUUGUUGGAGGAUGCCAUGGAUGAGGUACUAUCACAAAUUUUGGAUAAUUCCGAAGACAGCGAAGACAACAGCAGCUCCUCCGAAGAUGUGUAA